GGAAGCGGCGGCGCCGGGGCCGGGGCCCGGCGGGGGCGGCGGCAUGGCCAAGUGGGGCCAGGGGGACCCGCGCUGGAUCGUGGAGGAGCGCGCGGAUGCCACCAACGUCAACAACUGGCACUGGACGGAGCGCGACGCGACCAGCUGGUCCAAAACCAAGCUGAAGGAGGUGCUGGUGGGGCUGGUGGUGGAGGGCGAGGCCGGGCGCUGCGAGAUCAGCGACCUGAAGCGCGUGGAAGGUGAAGCGUCCUGCAACAGCCGCAAAGGGAAACUCAUCUUCUUCUACGAGUGGAACCUGCGCCUCAGCUGGAGAGGUACAGUGAAACAGUCUGGUGAGAAACAUAAGGGAUCUGUUGAAAUUCCUAACCUGUCAGAAGAAAAUGAGGUAGAUGAUACAGAGAUAAAUGUUAGCAAAAAGAAAGGGGAAGGAGAUGUUCUGAAGGACCUGAUGAGAACAGAAGGAACCACCAAAGUCAGAGAGGCCCUGAGAGACUACCUGAAAGCACUUAAAACAGAGUUUACUUUGGGCAUGAUUCUACCCACAAAAGCUACUGUUGGUCAGGAGCUGGCUGCUGAGCAGAAACUAAGCGGGGACACCACGCAAGAUUCUGUUUUGCCAGAAUCUUUGGAUGUAAUUGGUGUCAAAAUUCCAACAGUGAAGAUAAUUAUGAGAGAAUUCUUCAACUGUCCUGCAGAGGAACUUUACAGCAUCUUCACAACUAAGGAACUGGUACAGAAGUUUUCCAAGUGUCCUGCUGUGAUUGAAGCUGAGAAAGGAGGCAGACUCCAGAUGUUUGAUGGCUCUGUCAGUGGUGAAUACACAGAACUGGUCCCAAGCCAAAGAAUUGUCCUGAAGUGGAGGUGUAGAAGCUGGCCCGAGGAACAUUAUGCAAUGGUUGGCUUGAAUUUCAAGGCUGUGGGUGCUCAAACAGAGGUGCAGCUGGAGUGCCAAGGUGUUCCUGUCUCGAAUGAAGAUGGCACAAGGCACUGCUGGAAGAAGCAGUAUUUUGAAGAAAUAGGUCGUCUUUUACUGCAACGAAGCACUGACACCAUGGAAUGACAGCACCGCAGCUUCUGGACUAGCAGUUGGGAUUUUAGGGAAAGUAAUUUAUUUGUGGGGAAAGUAAAGUCCCACUUCCAUGAUACUGUAAAUAAAUUAAGCAUAAUGUAUGGAA